ACGCUACCAGCAGACCGGACUGAACGUCACAUUCCUGCAUUCCCUCUUUCCUUAGUCUGGGACGUCAGAGUUACCAUUAGAUAGAUAAUCCUCUUUCCCUCUUCUGUUUUUGAGAAACACACCCAUGACACGGCGGAUUUGAUCUCAGGAGGUGAUCCCGGGUUCCCCAGGAGUCAGAAUCUCGCAUCGGGUCACUUUCCUCCUUCCCUUCCCCUCCUCCCCUUCCACCAAUCACAGCGCCAGGUUGCCAUGGAGAACUCUUCAGUGGCAUCUGCAUCGUCUGAGGCAGGGAGCACACGCUCGCAGGAGAUUGAAGAGCUGGAGCGCUUCAUUGACAGCUAUGUGCUGGAGUACCAGGUGCAGGGGCUGCUGGGAGACAAGGCAGACGGAGACUUGGAUUUGGACAAUGGUGGCAAGGUGCCACAGUGGACAGAGGACUGCAACGACAAAAAAGAUGGCAGCUGGACAUCUUCACGGGGGAGAGGCUCAUCCAAGCCUGACGAGUGGGAACACAGCAGUAAUGGCAGUACAGGCUCCAGGCCCAGUUCAGGAUCCAGACCAGGUUCUGGUUCACGCUCCGGCAGCAGAGGCAGAAACAACCAGUUCAAAGGCCCAGCCAAGAAUGGGAACAGAGAUGGCUCCUUUGACAUCCUGGGCACAGACAUAUGGGCUGCCAACACAAUGGACUCUCACGGAGGUGCAGGUUGGGACGUGCAGCCAGAGAAACUGGACUUCAGCCAUUUCCACAGGAAACACUUAAGAGGAACGCCAAAGCACCUGCCACAUAUUGACAGAGAGGGGAUGAACAAAAACAAGUUUGAGGAGGAUGACAGCAUAGACAUGAAUGACAUAGAGAGGUUCCUACCCCAUCUGCGCUCUGUCUUCCCACCCCUUCCUAAUGAGGCUGAGAUCGCACACACCAAAAAGCUCUUCCGACGCAGGAGGAAUGACCGACGAACGGUUGAUCAGUUCACCCGAGACCAGUUAACCAUACUUCUGCCUACUGGGCCCGGGGGCAAGCGGCAAGUCUCAGCCAGGAGACAGCAGCGGCCUCAGGGAGGAGGAGGAGGCGGUGGAGGAGGGAAGAACCAGCCUCAGCAGAUACAGCAGCAGUCGCCUCAGCACCAGAGGGAUCAAUCCCAACAGCAGGCUCCAAACCAACAGCAGCAGAAUUUAACAGAACUGGGCGAUAACAGAAACAACAGUGCUGACCGGCCGCCUCGCCAGUACCAAGGGGGACAUGGGCAGCGCCAAGGAGGACCCCCACACCACGGAUACAGCCAGAACCGGCGCUGGCACCACAAUCAGAAAGGUCAGGGGCACGGACAGACAAACGCUACCGGCGAUAAAGGAGUACCCCCGAGAACAACCAAAGACAAAGAGACUGAGAAUGUAAAACCAGGGGACGAGCAGAUCAGACCGCCUCAAGACUGCAGCACAGGAAGUGGAAGGGCAAGCAAGGGCCAGUUGGAGCAGCCCAGAAUCAGCUUGCUGCAGUCGUCAAAGGAGAGGCUGAGGAGGAGACUAAAGGACAAGGAAGAGGCGCGGGUGGAGGCGUCAGGCUCCGGGUCACAGAAUAUGGACCGGCUGGUGGACCUCCUCAACAGCAUGAGGAGCAACAGCAGCGGGGUGGAGCAGCAGCUGGCCUCGUUCAUGGAGGAGGCACAAUGCUCGGCGCGGUCCGAGGAGACCCUGGCUCAGGUGGUCAGCGCCAUCUACUCCAAGGCCGUGUCGGACAGGAGCUUCGCUGCCACAGCCGCCAAGCUCUGCGACAGGAUGGCGCUGUUCAUGGUGGAGGGGACCAAGUUCAGAUCGCUGCUCCUCAACAUGCUGCAGAGGGAUUUCUCCCGUCGUGAGGACCUCCAGCAGUCAGAUGUGGAGAGGUGGUUGGGUUUCAUCACCUUCUUGUGUGAGGUGUUCGGCACCAUGAGGAGCAGCUCAGGGGAGCCGUUCAGGGUGCUGGUGUGUCCCAUCUACACCUGCCUACGAGAGCUGUUAGAGUCCACAGACGUUAAGGAAGAUGCAGUCCUCUGCUGCUCCAUGGAGUUGCAAAGCGCUGGGCGUCUCCUGGAGGAGCAGCUCCCCGAGAUGAUGACGGAGCUCCUAGCGGCCGUCAGGGACAAGAUGCUCUGUCCAGCCGAAUCGCAGCUGACCCGCUCUCUCCUCAUGGAGGUCAUCGAGCUGCAUGCACACCGCUGGAGCCCCCUGGAGGCUCUCACCACCCAGUACUACAACCGUACCAUCCAAAAGCUCACCACCACUGCCUAGGUGCCAGCUCCCACCAAGAGGAGAGGAGACAUUUUCCAGUUGCGCAACAAUCCGCUCUUUUACCACAAAACAGGAAGUUAAUAACGACGUCACCCUCUUGCCGAAAUUAAUCAACGCUUCACAUUAAAGAUACGUUCUGUUA